UCGAGCCAGGAGUCAGGACCUAGGGCCUAUGGUUGGAGCCUAGAGGAGGAGCAAGAUACUUUGGAGCAGUUCCCAACCAAAUAUCCCCGUUGCGCCGGACACGAAAUCGUCGGAACAGUUGUACGAAUCGGAUCAGAAGUCAAAGACUAUCGUCAAAUUGGCGACCGAGUCGUCUGGGUUACUUUACUGAUUGUGUUAGUGGCAACGAGUAAUACUGUUCGCGGUUUAGCACCACCACCUGUCCUUGUGCCAGAUGGCUUAGCCUCUCAUCUCGCUGCUCCAAUGCUCUGCGGGGGGACCACGAUCUAUAGCCCGUUGAAGCAUCAUGGUUGUGGGCCGGAGAAGAGAGUGGGCAUCAUUGAUAUUGGAGGUAUCGGACAUUUUGGAAUUAUUUUCGCCAAGGCCUUGGGUGCUCAGGAGGUGGUUGCCAUCUCACGUCGAGCGAAUAAAAGAAGAAGAAACUUUGCAGUUAGAGGCAGACCGAUCCGGGAGAUGUUGAAUCUGGCUGAAGCAAAAUGUGUGCAUCCAUGGGUUCAAGUGGCUCCAAUGAAAGACGCCAAUCAAGCGCUUCUGGAUACAGCAGCUGGGAAGGCCCGAUUCCGUGUACUAGAAAAUUAA